AAGCCAGCAUGGUGUAAGCAUGGAUGUGUUAUACGAGUUCGUGGUGUGAACUUGCUUUCGGUUGUGCAAGUAACUACAGAAUGGACAUCGUAUCGCCUCAUCAUAUGCAGGAACAGGAACAAAAUUUAAACACAUCUUUUCACAUAUUAUCUUUGCUUCCUACAAGGAAAGAAGAUUCUGGAACACAAAGAAUUAGACUGAGUGCAGAAAUUGUAGAUGGUUACAAAAUAGCCUAUGGAUCAUGUGUACGCAUGUCAACACCUGAUUUAGUAGUUAUUGGUACCAUACACCAUUGUCAUCCUUCCUUGGCAUUUAACGGUAUUCACAUUGAUCCCACUGUUACAGAAAAUCAGUCCAUUCAUUCUAUUAUAAAAAGAGCAGAUCUCGAACAAAGAAUUACUUUGCAGCUCCUUGAAUGUAAACAUGCUGAACAGUUGGAAGUUAAGCUAGUAGUUGUGAAUAAAAGCCAAUACUGGGAUAGUCAUGUGGCAGCAGAACUAGGUAGAAAGUGUUUUCACUGUAUUUAUAAUAAGGUUGUUACGCCAGGCUGCAAGGUUGAGCUUUCUCAAUCUAGGCUGGGAAGGUUACUUGGCAUGUGUGUCUGCAUAGUGCUUUCUUGCGGAGAUGAUGAGGAAGCUAAUGAUACAACAGCUUUUAGGAUUACAGAAAAAACAGUUAUCAAAGUCAUAGACAUUGAAAGCUGGGAGCAUUAUAAUGUUAUGCAAAGACAAAUCUCAAAAUACAGAGUUUGCAUGGGUGGUGUUGAGCGAGAAAUGAAGCUGCUGACAGAUUUACUUUGGAUGCCUCGGAAACAUCAGGAAAUGUUUGAUACUCUUUCCAUUCCAAAGUCUUCGGGUGUGCUACUAAGAGGUCCACCAGGAUGUGGGAAGACCUCACUGGUUUAUAAGUUGGCACAUGAAUGCCAUGCAGCACUAGUAGCAAUUAGUGGACCAGAGAUUAUAGGGUCAUAUCCAGGUGAAAGUGAAGCUAACUUGAAGAAAGUAUUUGAAAAAGCAGUGAGAUUAAGCAGAGAAGGCCCGUGCAUUCUUUUCAUCGAUGAAAUCGACAGCAUUUGUCAGCGGAGUCUUAAGUCAAACAGCAGCAACAGCACCAGACUCACUGGUGCUUUGCUGGCAGAGCUUGACUGUGUUGCACAAGAAUGUGGUCUCCUUGUAGUGGCAGCAACAAACAGACCAUCAGCACUUGAUCCUGCUGUUCGUUGUCAAGGCCGACUAGAAGAGGAGGUAUACAAAUCAGUGCCUUCCUAUUCUCAAAGACGUGCAAUUCUCGAGGUUCAUACCAAAGACAUGCCACUAGCAGAUGACAUUGAUUUGGACAUGUUAGCAGGCAUGACAGGCGGCUAUGUUGGUGCUGACUUGGCCAGACUGUGCACAGAAGCUGUCAGGCAUGUUCUUCUGGACAGUGCUGGGCAAGGUUUGCCUUCAAAAAAAGUGGGCAUGAGGGAGAUGAUUGGAGCCUUGUCGGUUGUUCAACCAUCUUUGCGUAAAGGUGUAGAAUGUGUUGUUGAUGUACAACCAGUGAGGUGGGAAGACAUUGGUGGUCUGGAACAAGUCAAAAUGAAAAUCAGACAGGCUGUAGAAUGGCCGUUAAUACAUCCCGGUGCUUAUAAGCGUAUGGGUCUGCCACUUGCACGGGGAGUUCUGCUAUAUGGCCCACCUGGCUGUGGCAAAACUACCUUGGUGAGAGCAGCAGCCACAGCAAGUCGUGUGACAUUUUUGUCACUCAGUGGUGCUCAGCUGUAUUCCCCAUUUGUUGGAGAUUCAGAACAGCUGUUGACAGAGGCAUUUCAGAAAGCUAGAGCCUUGGCUCCUUCCAUUUUGUUCCUUGAUGAACUGGACUCUAUAGUAGGCAGGCGGUCAGAGGGCAGUUCCUCACACAGCGUCCAGGAGCGAGUGCUGUCUACACUGCUGAAUGAAAUGGAUGGAGUUGGAAUACGGAAAGAUGAAAAAGUUGAUCGGCUGUUGGAGGAAGACGUGCAGGAAGGCUAUUGUACAAAUGCACCAGCAGACAUAAAGGAGUCAGAAUUUAGAGACAACACUCGUGUUUUGGUUGUUGCUGCAACAAAUCGCCCAGACUUGGUUGAUGAAGCUUUGCUGCGGCCUGGAAGAAUGGAUCAUUUGGUUUACGUACCUCCUCCUGAUACUGAGGCUCGUCUACAGAUUUUUGGUGUUCACACACAUAAAAUGCCACAAAGAGGAGUGGAUCUUCACCAGCUGGCAUCUGAUAUGGAAGGAUACACUGGAGCAGAUAUUGAAAAUUUGUGUAGAGAGGCAGCAUUAUGUGCCCUGACAGAAAAUCUGCAAGCCGUGAGUGUUGGACCAGACCAUUUCCAACAGGCACUCAGAACUGUGAAGCCCUCACUAUCUAAAGAACUUGAACAAUUAUAUAAGCAAAUAAAAAGAUGAGCUUUA